GAAUAUUUAAGGAAUUUACGCGAGAAUGCACAAGUGAACGGGAAACGUCAAAAAACGGAACAGCUUAAGAAAGGCGAUAUCGUUAUAGUUAAGAAUGAAAAAACGAACAGGAAUUUCUGGCGACUCGGAAAGAUUGAGGAACUCAUAUCAGGCGAUGAUGGAAUGGUUCGUGCGGCCAAGGUCAGGGUUAGUAACGAGAACGGAAAAUCGGACGUGUUAAGAAGGUCUAUUCAACAUCUAGUUCCUCUCGAAGUUAGUCAAGAUUCCAACAUAGACGAGAUCAAACGGAACCAAAAUGAGAAAUUGACGGUUGUGGAAGAUUCAAGAGAAAACCGCGAUCGACCUCGACGUGCAGCAGCGAUUGCCAAUGAACUUUUAAGAGGAGAACUCUUGAAGAAUAAGUUACUUUAA